AUGUUUGAUCAUACAGACUCGCUGACGCUUGCUCUUCAACCUACUGCGACCAUUUCACUUUUACUCACCGUCAAUCAUCUCUCAUCUGUACCGAUCACAUUGACCUACUCCCCUGAACAUGUGCUACACCAUUCCUACUAUAGUCUUUACACCAAAGCCCGGAUCUUAGGACAUAAACGCGGGAAACGUAAUUCCCGACCUAACCAGUCUAUCAUUCAGAUCGAAGGUGUGGACUCGAAGGAGGACGCUCGGGCGUAUUUGGGCAAGCGCGUUGCCUACGUCUACAAGGCUAAACGAGUCAUCAACGGAUCUAAAAUCCGCGUCAUCUGGGGUCGUGUUUCCCGUCCACAUGGAAACUCGGGGAAGGUCAAGAGCAAGUUCAGGUCUAACUUGCCCGCUAAGUUGUUCGGAGCUUCGUGUCGUGUGAUGCUCUACCCUUCAAACAUUUAA